AUGCGAUCGUUUCAAGUAAUGCGAUAUGGAAGACGAACACUUACUCCAACAACACAUGAAUUAGCUCAAUCGAUCAAUCAUUGUAAUACAUUACCAUCAAUACCACAACGUCGAAGUUCAAUGUGUGUAUAUAGUCAUUUACAAUCUCAAAAUUCAAUUUACCAUGAUGAAGAUGAAAAAAAAGUUUUACAAAGGCGAAAUACAUUAACUGUACAAAAAUCUUUACCAAUUGCUGAUGGUAUUAAUUCAAGUCGUCGUCCAUCAUUUAAUAAUGGUCGACGAGCAAGUUUUCAACAACAAGAAUUAAAUGAAUCAUCAAAAUCGAAAACAAAUCUAAGAAAUUUUUAUGUUUUUUUUGUAUUACUCUUCCUUUUUAUUUUUCUCGCUGUCGUAUAUUCGUUUAUUCGUAUGAUAAAAAAUCAAGUUUCAUAA